GGCAUAGGCCGUAGGGUUGCACUGACGCAAGCUAUCUUGACUAUCAGCACGCGUUAAAGUCCACAGUGUACUGUGUAGAGUUUAUUAUUCAGUAUGACGACAUUCUUGAGACUUCUGCCGGAGAAUAGUUCUAAGAUAGUACUGUGUUCAACACUUUCAAUUCUUGUGACUCUAGUUUAUAUGAUAUCAGACAUAGAUACCACAGUGACACACAUGAAGACUGCGAUAGGAUUCGCGACCUUGGUGACCAAACGUGCCAGUUACGAACGUUUCAGUCCCAACUGUUUAGAUCUAGACCUGUCUCCUAAUUUAGAAUGCGGCUUCAUGGUAGGUAAUGAAAGUAUGAAGUUCUGUACCGAUCCACAGAAAUGGCGAAAAAGUUUGCUUGUGAGCGAGUGCGACUGGCAAAAAUACACACGCAGAGGUGCUAUUGAGCUACUACAGGGCAAGCAUAUUGUGUUUGUGGGUGACUCGAGAUUGCGGUAUCAGUAUGUAUGUAUGAUAUUUUGGCUCGAGAAUGGGUAUUGGCCUCCCGAUGGCGAGAAAGAUGGGUUUAAAAGUCCAGUUAAGGAGAGCUUGUGGGGGGGCAAGGGGGGAUGGCGGGCCUUUUUCAAAGAUACUGCCGGGUAUAUGAAGGGAAACGAGUACUGUGAUUGCUAUAGGAAUGACCAUGACAUGUAUGUGGAGCCUAUAUAUGAGAAUAGGUUCUAUUAUAACGAGAGAUAUAACCUGCGGCUGUCGUAUUUUGUUCACUACAAGACAGACAUGUGGGCUGGGCACAAGGACAUUCACGGGCACUAUGGAUUCCCACCGUAUCAGGCGGAUGAGUACACCUCUAAGGGUGACACAUGUCACAGCAUUGGUGACUGUAAGGGGCAGAAAGAUUGGGCUCUGACACUGACGGAAGCACUGAACUCAGACUUCUUCACCCGACUGGGUGCGACAGAUUUGUUCAUGUCAUUCGGGUGGCUACCGAAUAAGCAAAUCAAUAUCACCAUGACCGACGAAUGGGCCAAUGGAGUCAAGAAAAUGCGAAACAAUGGGAUCAAUGUGUACAAAUUGGAUGCGCAUUCCGUCUCACAUCCGCCCCAUAAGGUGACUAUUACUAAACAGGACUACGAGCGGGUGCGUAACCUACCACCUGUCCCUGGCCAAAUUAACUUGGACCUGUUCAAAUUUACCAAAACAUUUGCAGACCACUGGGAAGAUCCGGACAAACCAUUUGUAGAUGAGGUGCACUUCGAGGCGUGGGUGUAUGAAGAGCUGUCUCAGUGGUUCUUAAGGGCUAUUGACAUGGCCGAGGAAGCACCUAUGGUUCCUCUGUAGAAGUGUUUGGAAGUACAAAUAUAUACUGUCAACGCUAGUGAGUACACAAACAUGAUGUUUGUAAAUAUAAUAUUAGUUACCUUACUUCACACACGUUGUUGGUAUACGAGGCAGAAUCCAUUCUGUCUAGCGAAAUAUAUGAGGUACUAAGGGUGC